UCGGUGGGCACGUCGCUCUGAUCACGGCACCUCCUCACACUUCUCCGCCCCCCACUUCCCAGGGCAGAAGGGAGAGCAGGGGCAGACUAUGAGUCACGGCCCGGGCCUGCAGUGUAGGAGGGAAGCGCCGCCUCCCCUAGGGCCCCUUCUCUCUCCCCUUUGCCCUCCCCGCGGGUUCCUGCCCGCCAGAUGCUGCGCAGCAAUCACCGAGUCUCCAUCAUCAGUUCGGCUGGGCCGCGGGCUCCCACAGGCUCCCCGUGGCCCCGAGUGAUCGUCGGGACCCCCCGGCCGCGCGUGAUUGUGGGCUCUCCACGGGCCCAGGAGGCAGGGGCGGAUCAGGCCUCGGCGCCGUCUCUGGGCGCUCCGCAAGGCCGCAGGCGAGAUGAACCUCCUGGCGCCCGUGCGGAGGGACCGCAUCCUGGCGGAGCUGCCCCAGUGCCUGAGGAAGGAGGCCUCUUUGCACACGCACAAAGACUUCCACCCCCGCGUCACUUGCGCCUGCCAGGAGCACCGGACAGGCACCGUGGGCAGAUUUAAGAUCUCCAAGGUCAUUGUUGUGGGGGACCUGUCGGUGGGGAAGACUUGCCUCAUUAAUAGGUUCUGCAAAGACACUUUUGAUAAGAAUUACAAGGCCACCAUUGGAGUGGAUUUUGAGAUGGAACGAUUUGAGGUGUUGGGAGUCCCCUUCAGUCUCCAGCUUUGGGACACCGCUGGACAGGAGAGGUUUAAAUGCAUUGCGUCAACCUACUACCGAGGAGCUCAAGCGAUCAUCAUUGUCUUCAACCUAAAUGAUGUGACAUCCCUGGAACAUACUAAGCAGUGGCUUGCCGAUGCUCUCAAGGAGAAUGACCCUUCCAGUGUACUUCUCUUCCUCGUGGGUUCCAAGAAGGACCUGAGUACACCGGCUCAGUACGCACUCAUGGAGAAAGAUGCCCUGAAGGUGGCUAAAGAGAUUAAGGCUGAGUUCUGGGCAGUCUCUUCUCUCACUGGUGAAAACGUCCGGGAAUUCUUCUUCCGUGUGGCAGCACUGAACUUUGAGGCCAACGUAUUGGCUGAGCUGGAGAAAUCAGGGGCCCGGCGCAUUGGGGAUGUUGUCCAGACUUUCCACCCUUUUGCAGGCAUCAACAGUGAUGACAGCAACCUCUACCUAACUGCCAGCAAGAAGAAGCCCACAUGCUGCCACUGAGGGGCUAGGAGACUAUCCAGAGACUGUGGUCCCUGGGGCACUGCACCUCCUUAAUCUCAGAGCUUGGCCCCUGGAUGUUUGCACUGAUUUUAUCAAGACCAAAGAGCUACCAUUGGUGGCGGUAACCCUGCCCAGGGACUGUUGGGACUAUACUAAUCACUUCCUGCCCCCAGGCAUCAUACCAAAAACUGAAGGCCCUCCCUCUCCUCUGGAGGUUCUCAUGCCAGGGAAACUGUCCCUGCUGCUUCUGCCCAGCCUUUGUGUAUGAGGAUGCCUAAUGAUUCCAGCCCAACACUGUGCCUUAUGCAUUAAAAGCUUUGCUAGCCCUUG